CGACAGUGUCGUAAAUAAAGCUGCACACCAGCCAAUGUAUUCCAUGGAAACGAGCUCGUGGACGAAGUUAUGUUUACACUCUUGGGGAGCAAACAGCUAUGGACAGCUGGGUCUGGGACAUGUGGAGGACCAGUCAGUUCCCCGGCUCGCAGACACCACACCUCUACAAAACAAGGCUGCACGUGCGGUUCGCGGCGGCGGGGGCCACUCCGUGGUUAUCACAGAGAGUGCAGAGGUGUUUGUGUGCGGACAGAAUCACAAAGGCCAGCUGGGACUCGGGCAUGAUGCAGACAUUGCCACCUUUACACUCUGCCACAGUCUGAAGCAGAGAGUCACUAAAGUGGCCUGUGGCUGGGAUUUUACUCUACUCCUCACUGAUUGUGCUCAAGUACUGGCGUGUGGCUCUAAUGCAUUUGGACAACUAGGUGUUGGACAGAUAGUCACACAUGCUUCAGAGCCUCUGGUUGUUGAGAGUCUGAAGGAGCCAGUGGUGAGCGUAGCAGCAGGACUCAGACAUUCACUGGCUGCCUCAGACUCAGGAUUCGUUUAUCAGUGGGGACGUGGUCUUUGUAGUCAUGCUAAAAGAGCACUUUGUCCACACCCUGUCCCGUCACACCUCAACUCCACAGUACCCGUGCUAGUUCCAGGUCUGGAUCAGAAGACACACAUGGUGGCUGCAGGCUCUGUGCACUGUGUGUGCCUCACAGAAAACGGUGAUUUGUUUCUGUGGGGAAGCAACAAGCAUGGUCAGCUGACCAGCACAGAACUUUUCCUGUCCUCUCCCUGUCUUAUAAAACGCUCGCUAUUCAGUGGAGAGAAAAUCCUCCAUAUAUGGAGUGGCUGGACACACAUUGUUGCUCAAACAGAAACUGGGAGAGUAUUCACAUGGGGCAGGGGGGAUUAUGGACAGCUAGGCCAAAGACCUGUAUCCAGUCAGAAACAAGAGCACGAGUCAGCAGGUCCCUCAGCUGAAAGUGGAAACCAGAAGGUUUGCCUGCCUGCAGAGGUUAAAGCACUCCAUGGAGCAACACAGAUUGCCUGUGGAUCAGAACAUAACCUUGCCAUUGUAGGGGGGGUACUCCUCUCCUGGGGAUGGAACGAACAUGGGAUGUGUGGAGACGGUUCACAGACCGACGUCCUUCAGCCACAGCUUGUUUCUGGGCUCAAACCUCUUCUGAUUGGCUGUGGAGCUGGACACUCUAUGGCAGUGUGCACUGAGAUGAUGGACUCAAGAAAAAACUCUGCAACGAUUCCACUACAGUAACACUGGAACAGGAUAACUGCUCAGGACAAUGCACUUGGAAACUAGAAAUGAAUCUGUUUAUGUUUAUACUGUAUUUGCACCUGGUAUAUUUCUAAUUGGUAGCUCAGCCUGCAUACAGUUACUUUAAGUGCCUUUAAAAUACUUCCAUCUUCUAAGAGGCUACCUGAGCUUCUGAAAAGUCUAACUUCAAGCUGCAGUCAUCAAAAAUGUUGUGAUGUGCUUAGACACAGGCUGAGUUAUGUCACAUGAGGACAGAGGUCAUCAUUUCUCUGACCGGCCCAUCACUUUGAUGGGCCUGACGAUGGAGGGAUGGUUUGGCAGGACAUGGCCAGUGCUUAUGGCUCCUGGUCCACCUGCAAUGUUUGUCCUCCUGUGUGAGGCUAUUACAGGCCAUGUGAGGGAUGAGCUAGGCUGGUGCUAUAGCUCCAUCUUCCCCAUGUCAGCUGUUUUAUUGCUGUGAUCUUGAGUGUCAGGAGGCAGUCAAUCUCUGCACUUCAUUCUGAAAAUCUCUCAGCUGUGGUGUGAUUUACCACCAGCACUGUAUUUUUUUUUACUUAGAACCAUCCAUCAACAUUUUGUGCCCUAUAUUCUUUGAUGUUCUCUUUGUCUCAUUUGCUACACUUUCACACUGUACAUCAUAAUCCCUCUUGGGGGAAGUUUGUCCGCUGUGUUUGACCCAACUUGCAUAUUUAUAAGCUGUGGGCACCCGCAGUGCAGCAAACGGGACCAACUGCAGGUCUGAAGCCAUUGCUUUGGUCAAGGGUAAUGACAGGACCAAGAAUGGCUCAUGGAUUUUAGCGUUGCAAUUAUAAACCGUUUUUAUUUAAAACUUUUUAUUAUGCAAUUCAAUAAAAAACUCCACAUCUUUGAAAUAAUGCAUUAAAGAAAUGAACUUUAUGUGCUUUUUACCUUGAUUAGAUUGAUAAAAAAUAAAUCAACACUCACUGAAAAAUGAUAAAUUCUGUGUUUUUUUAUUUAUCACUAUUUAUUGUACAAGCCUGAACUGUAUUAGUCAAAAAGACACAAAAAAUCCCUAAACAACAAACCAAUCAAAAUGAUCACUGAACACCUUAUUGAGAUAACUAACCACAAAAUACAGUGUUCAAAACACACACUCUGAAGUCUCACUAAACGGCACACAUUAGUUGCCUCUUCGUUGUGUUAUUGAUUCGUUCAAUGAUAACCACUGUUUGUUUCUGUAUGUAUGCGUCUGUGUGGCAGACAAUGGGCUGCACACUGUCCCCCUAUUCAUGCUCAGCUCUGUUGGCAGAUUGGCAGACCUGCUGUUCCUGACUGCACACAGAUCUCAGUUGGCUGUUGGCAGUGUGAUUGCAGUUGUUUUGUAAAAAGUUGGUCCCUUUUUACUAACUUUUCUACACAUACAAUGACUCUUCUUUUUUGUUUCUAAGUAGGUAUGGUCAUUGCUUGCCUGUAGAAGCUGGAGCUAAUGGGGGUCCUUUUUGUAUCUGUGUGUUUUCUGAGUACUGAGCUGAUACUUGAUUUCAAUGGCUGGUGACUGAUGGCUAAUUUAAAAUGAAUUUACAUUUAUUCAUCAUGUCUUUUAGCUAUACUAACAUGAUGAAUAGUGAGAAAAAUUUGCAUAACAGAGGCACUUGUCCAGAAUAAUGAGUGUAAUGAUUUGGCAUUGGCAAGUAUUACAUACUAAUAUAAGAUUUCUCUGUGUGCAGAGAAAUAAUCAUAAAUUCUACUUGAUUGUCAAUUAAAAUGUAAAUGUGUAAUGAGUUUAUUUUAUGUAUAAACUGCUAAUGAUACUUAUAGUCCACGAGCCAGACCACAUAUCAGCACCACUCAAGGUGGCAAAGGUUUAUAAUAGUUUUUUAAAGGUCCAUGUCUGUAGUUAAUACUUUGGCAUGACAGACCUUUCUGAUGGUAGCUGAGUCAUAGUGUCAGCUGAUGAAGUAACCCACCCCCUAUUAAAAAUUGCCAUUUAGACGCUGGUGCAUAUCCCAGUUAAGGCCAAUGGCAAGGAUUGUGUUUGGUCUCAUUUUAAAGGGGGUCCUCUAAGUCAUAUGUCAUACAGACAGAUCUAUUUAUGACAAUGUGUAUUGAAAACAAUGAAUUUAUUUCAUCCAUAGUAGCAUGAAUCUGAAUAUGAGAGUGCAACAAGCUUUAAUCUAUAAAGGAGGAGGCUGGGGUGGAGGA